AUGCCACCCAAGGUCGUUGCUACAAUUAAUUCCACCGGACGACAGGCUGCUUCCUUCAUUCGCGCGGCUUCCGCUGUCGGCUGGCAGGUGCGCGCGCAGAUUCGCAACAACGAGGGACUCGUUGCCGAGGAGCUCGAUGGCCUCGACAACGUCGAGCUGAUCGAAGGCGACCUCACGGGCCCCGACCGCUCGCGACUCCUCACUCGGCUCUUCAGCGGCGCCAAGAUCGCCUUCAUCAACACCACCCAUUGGGGGGAUGAAGUCGCCAUUGGCAAGGCAUGUGUCGACGCCGCUCAGAAGGCCGGCAUAGUGCACUAUGUCUACUCGAGCAUGCCCGACCACUCCAUCUUCAACCCGGACUGGAGAGCCUUGCCCAUGUGGGAAACCAAGUUCGCCAUCGAGAACUACGUUCGGCAGAUCGGAAUCCCGGCUACCUUCAUCUACACCGGCAUCUACAACAACAACUUCACCUCUUUACCAUAUCCCCUGUUCCAGAUGGAACUACAGGACGACGGUAGUUUCAUCUGGCAAGCGCCCUUCCAUCCCGAUGACCCAUUACCGUGGCUCGAUGCGGAACAUGACGUCGGGCCUGCCCUGCUACAGAUCUUCAAGAUGGGUCCACAUCACUGGAAAGGUCAAAGGUGAGCACGUCAUACCGCUAAGCAGGCGGGACACGUUGCUAACACGGCACCUAGAGUGACGGUGGCAUUCGAGAAGUUGACGCCAAAACAAGCCUGCGCCAAGUUCUCCCGCGGCGUCGGGAGACCGGUUCGCUACAUUCGGGGUCCCAUACAGAUUGCAGUCUCUACCCCGAGCGGAUAUCGAGAACACCUGGAGAUCUUACAAGAGACACUAGGCCAGAAGCGAGCACCUUACUUCGGACCCCACCUAGAAUACCCCAACGAAGGUCGUGGCAUAUGGGAAGGUUAUCGGGGGCUGGAAGAGUAUGCACGCGAGGUCUUUCCAAUCGAAGAAUACGCGAAUGGACUGCGUUGGAUGGACGAAGAUGGCUUGUCCCCCGGACAGAGGACGCCAAGCGAUGUGCAUGAUCACGAACCCAUGAAGUUUGAAAUCUCGUCGCGAUCACGGCCUAUGACCCCGGCAACGCCGGGCUACGCGACUCCACUACACAUCUCUGGCGCCUACACCGCAAAAUCACAUCCCGAAGGAUACGAGGAAGACUUCUUCGUCGGCAGCUGCUAG